CAUAGCUCUGGGCUUGCUACCAUUUCAAUCAGACUCUUUUUGUCUCCUGAUUGCUGUCUCGCGACCCAACUCCGAUGUGUUCCGCUAUCAGCUACGGGCAGCCUGCCAUUCCAGCCCCUGUCUGGGUGGGGAUCGGAGGACAGUCCCCUGCCGCAGUGGCGGGCAAGGUUAUAUAGGAAGAGAAAGAGCUAGCAGCGCCCAGGGAGCGAGCGAGCCGGAGCGAGGAAGGGAGAGCGCAGGGGGAGCGCACGCACACACGCGCGCACUCGCGCACACAGACCCGCACGGGGACAGCUCGGAAGUCAUCAGGCUCCGUGGACGAGAUGCUGCCGCUGGCCCGCUGUCUGCUGGUGGUCCUCCUCUCCUCGCUGCUGGUGUGCUCGGGGCUGGCCUGCGGGCCGGGCAGGGGAUUCGGGAAGAGGCGGCACCCCAAGAAGCUGACCCCUUUAGCCUACAAGCAGUUUAUCCCUAAUGUAGCCGAGAAGACCCUGGGGGCCAGCGGAAGAUAUGAAGGGAAGAUCUCCAGAAACUCGGAGAGAUUUAAGGAACUCACCCCCAAUUACAACCCCGACAUCAUAUUUAAGGAUGAAGAAAACACCGGAGCAGACCGGCUGAUGACUCAGAGGUGUAAGGACAAGCUGAACGCCUUGGCCAUCUCCGUGAUGAACCAGUGGCCAGGAGUGAAGCUGCGGGUGACCGAGGGCUGGGACGAGGAUGGCCACCACUCAGAGGAGUCGCUGCACUACGAGGGCCGCGCCGUGGACAUCACCACGUCCGACCGCGACCGCAGCAAGUACGGCAUGUUGGCGCGCCUGGCGGUGGAGGCCGGCUUCGACUGGGUGUACUACGAGUCCAAGGCCCACAUCCACUGCUCGGUGAGAGCAGGUACGCCGUCCUGGCCACCCGAUCCGCACAGCCUGGUCUGCGGGGACACAGGCGGGCAGGGAGGGGUGCUGGGCCACCACUGGGUUUCUGGGGUGGAAGCGCACCCGCUGAGGUGCCCCCCACCCAACCGAUACUGCCCUACCUUUGAGGCCAAACAGGCUGCAGAUUCCACUAGCCCAGAUGCCAGGCUCUGCUCCCCUCCCGCCCCAGCCCCCAGCCCUCACCGGCUCACCGUGGCCCGCGGCGGGGCGUUGGACUUUGGGCUCAGCCUCUGGGUCCAGCGCGAGGAGGCGCUGUGCCAUUCGCGGGGGUGGAAGGAAAAGGGGCCCGGCGCGGCCGAGGCGCCCGGCGCGGGCGUGCACUGGUACUCGCAGCUGCUCUACCGAAUAGGCACCUGGCUGUUGGACAGCGAGGCCCUGCACCCCCUGGGCAUGGCGCUCACGUCCAGCUGAAGCCCGCGGAGCGCGCGGGAGGGGCGGGGCGGGCGGCAGAGCCGGACGGAGCCAGGCGCGCGAAGGCGCUCGGACCCAGACUGCUACUUCUAAUAAUUAAUAAUAAUAAUAAAGUAGGACAGCGCAAAGUAGACUCUGAGGAACGAACACCCCGGGAAGUCUUGUGGUUGUGUCUAGUUUAUAUAUAUAUUUUUUGAAUUAUUUUUACUUGUUUUAUUUUGGUUAUUUUCCUCCUCUCCUGGCUAUUUAUUUGUUUGGUAUGAAUAGAUGUUUUAAAUAAUAUGAACCGGACCUUCAAGAGCCUUAACUAGUUUGUUUCUUGGAUAAUUUAUUAUGAUCAUGUGAACUGUACUCACAGGGGGCGAUGUAUCGUGAGGCCACCAACCUGCUCAGAAUCUGUUCUCUACGUGUCCCGUCCUGCCUGUCCGAGGGCUCCUGCGCCCUCGCUCCUCCUUCCAAGACUCCUGCUUCUCAGCAAGUAGAAACUGAAACGUGCUUCACGGGGGUCCACAAAUUAUAUUUUUAUACACAGAAUUGUAAAUUAGAUUUUUGAGAGAUCAAUACUUAACUGAAUUACAUUUCAUUUUUUGAAAUAGUGUAAAAUAUGAAAAUAUAUUAUUUUAAUUUAACUACUUCCAGCCUUGCAGCCGUCCGCGGCCCUGCCUCCGGUCUUGAACCUGAGUCGUCAUCACUAUUUUCACCACGUUCUUGGAAGCCAAGACUGUUACACACACACACACGCACACUUUUUUUUUUUUGACAAACUGGAAGAACUCUUAUUUUUAACUGCAAAGAAUUUAUUAGAAAAUAAUAUUUUUUAAAAGCACACAUAGCGAUGAGCCCACAAGGAUGGAGCCUGUAGUUUGUACAGAGAAAAACAGAGGAUGUUUUUGCAUUAAUAAAUUGAGAAAUAACUGCUGUAAAUUUACUAAAAUGUAUUUUUGAAUAUUUUGUACUAGUUUUAUAGAAAUAAAACGUGC